CUCCCUCACCGGCGCAAGAAUGCGGAACAAGUUGCAAUUGAGAGCGAGAGAGCAAGUUUGCAGUGCAGUACCAGUCUGGUGACAGGGUUUCCCCUCACUGAUCUGUCCUUUUCUUUAUCUAUUGCAAAGAGAGAGAGAAAAAUCAGAGAAGUGAUUGAUGGUGCAAUCUUAGGCUGUGUUGCUUUUUGUUAUUUCUUUGCAGGAAAAUUCCUCAUUGUUAAAUUUUACUUGAAAAAAUAGGGAAUUGGAGCUCGCUGAAUCUUGACCGCGACCCAGUCUUUUUCCAGCUAGAUUGGCGGCAUGGCGGUCGAGAGGAACAGAAGGGUUUUGCAGGAUUUUCAGGCGAAUCCAAGCAACCAGGCGUGUGCGGAUUGCGGAGCGGAUGAUAAUGACUGGGCGUCCUACACUCUUGGAAUUUUUAUCUGUCUAAAUUGCUCAGGAAUUCAUCGAAAUAUUCCUCAAGUUAGCAAAGUGAAAUCCGUUCGGUUAGACGCCUGGGAGGAUGAAGAAGUUCAGUUUAUGACUUCCAAUGGGAACAGCAUAGCCAAAGCAAAAUAUGAAUCAAAGAUUCCGCCAUUUUAUUACAGACCAACAUUUACAGAUUGCCAAGUGCUUCGGGAACAGUGGAUUCGCGCCAAAUAUGAGAGAAAGGAAUUUAUCUGCAUUGAUAAACAAGAACCUUACUCAGCAGGUUACAGAGAAGGCUUUCUGUGGAAGCGAGGGCGUGAUAAUGGUCAGUUCUUAAGCAGGAAGUUUAUAUUGUCCGAGCGAGAAGGUGUCCUGAAAUAUUUCAACAAACACGAUGCGAAAGACCCAAAAGCCAUUCUAAGGCUGGAACAGAUCAACGCCACCUUCCAACCAACGAAAAUAGGGAACCCAAACGGGUUGCAGAUUACAUAUUUAAAAGACAACAGCACGCGGAACAUAUUUGUCUAUCACGAGGACGGAAAGGAGAUCGUUGACUGGUUCAAUGCGAUCCGAGCAGCUCGUUUCCAUUACUUACAAGUGGCAUUCCCAGGAGCCAGUGACGCUGAUUUGGUGCCAAAGUUGACAAGAAAUUACGGGAAGGAAGGGUACAUGGAGAAAACGGGUCCGAAGCAAACAGAAGGGUUCAAGAAACGAUGGUUCACACUAGACGACAGAAGGCUGAUGUAUUUUAAAGACCCAUUGGAUGCCUUUGCUCGGGGUGAAGUGUUCAUUGGGAGCAAGGAGAAUAACUACAGUGUUUUAGACGGUCUUCCUCCAACCACCCAAGGAAAUCACUGGCAAUAUGGAAUCACCAUAGUAACCCCCGACAGGAAGUUCCUGUUCGCGUGCGAAACAGAAAAUGAGCGGCGAAUUUGGAUGGAAGCUUUUCAGAAAGUUAUCGACAGGGCAAUGUUGCCUCAGGAGUACGCAGUGGAAGCACAUUUUAAGCACAAACCGUAAGAGAGGACCCUGUGUUUUGGAGGCUGUGACUACACUUGCAACAUCACCUGGCCCUCAGGGGUCCUCCUGAAUAAUGAAUUGUUUGGUAUUUGUGCAGCAGUCUGUUCCUGUUUUUAUUUCCCUCCAACCCCAACUUCAGCCUUGCCUCCCUAACCCAAUCCUCUCCCCCACAGUUUCCAGUGGGGGAGGGGGGGGUGCAUCCAUCAGAAGAAAUUGGGACUGCGGCAGGAAGCAAGGUUGAAAGUGAUGUGCAUGUCGCUAAGCAGUAAAACCAAGAGCAUGAAUUCCAUCUCGUUAUUUGGGGAACUUCCAAAGCCAGGCUUCAAUUCGUACACCAACACUGCAUGACUCCUUUUAUUCAUUAAUAGUUAAUCCCUGAAUGCUCCCACCACAAUAAGACACAAUAAAUCCAACAUAAAAAGCUGUUUCUUUUUAAAGAAAAAUCACUCUUUUGUUUCAUGUAACAACCCAUUGUGCCAAUUCUGUACAAGUCACCAAUAAGAAAUAUGCAUCAUUGUGAAACAAUUGUACUUGAGUGUCUGAAGUAAAAAUUAAAAUGAACUGUAUAGCCUUCAACCAACAAUCUAAGUGAGAAGAAAAAUUCCAAUGUCCAUAAAGAAAUUUUGUGUUGAUUGUGAUUGUGACCAUUCACCUACAAGACUUGAAUUUUUCUUGAAUUUCUCCUCAAUAUGUGCAUUUUCUUCAGGCUCUCGAGAAAAGCAACCUGCUGGUGUUAGUGCAAAUGAAAUAUUGUAACUUGAUGAAAACUGGUAUGUCUCAGUGGUGUUGCUCUCUUCCAUAAAAUGAUACUGCUUGAAUUAAAUUGUGUCUAGCUGUUUACAGAGGGUGUGUUCUCAAAGAGAUGUCUACUGCAAUUAAGUAGUACAAUGCUAAUUAGUUCUGAACUGCCGAAUUUAAAGCUUUUAGUGAUAUGUUGUUUUGUGAUGUCUGUGACAGAUUAUAGUGUAAUAUAAUUAAUGCUCUAAACAAUGUAAAAAAAACCUUUCCACAUUCUUCCAGCUUUUAAAUGUGCAUUUCUUGUUUAGAAUUAAUGUAAAGGAAAUCUGAAAAUUAAGUUGUGAAUAAGUUUCUGUAAUUAAUUCAUCUGUUAACGUUUGUUCAUUUGCGUGCAGCCAUUUUGACAGUACACUUGCCUUCAAUAUUACACUAAACUCAUUCUUUGUACCUCAACAGUGGGACCAGUGAUCUUUUCUGAGAUGUAAUCUCAACCCAAACCAUUAAAAAUCCCUAAGGUUCCAAACAAGAUAGCAUUCUUCCAUAGAAUUUCUAUUAGUGUAGGAUAUGGUUACAUGCAAGCAGGGCUUGAGUUUGAACAUGAUUGUGUCAUAAACAUGAUGGUUUUCACAAAAUAAAGUUAGUGGAAGGAUUAGUUUGAAUGUAGUUCUCAAUCUUGGAAGAGAAAAUGAGCUGAUGUUGAGGGGUCCUUUGUAACAGUCCUUUGGCAUGAACAUUAGUUGAUGUCAAUUGACGCAUAAGGAAAAUUGCUUCUCCAGGUGUCACUGAGAGCAGUCUGUAUUCCACCAGAUACUUGUCAGUAGCCUACAGUAAAGCCUCAGGAUUUGUUAGGGCAGAAAGAUCAUUUCUCUGUAUAAGCAGAUGUCACUUAAGUGGAAGAAAAACAAUAAAAUCUGCUUUAUUUCACAUACAAAAUCAACAUUUCAGAUUCUAAUUUAUAUAUUAUGUUAAAAUCAUAUGUGCAAUCCAAAUUAUUUCAGCCUCUUUUUCUCCCUCAAUUGUACCUCUCUAUUAAGGUAAUAAUAUGCUAAACUGGUCUGUAGCUGAAUCUUCAUUUUAUAUCUUUCUUCCUUCGUAGAUGUUGGGAUUUUUUUUUCCAAGUUGAUCCUCCAGGUAACUUGAUUUUUUUUUAAGAUAUUUAACGUUACAUCACUGACAAACAUAAACUAGUUGCAGAGGAGCAUAAAUUAAGGAGAUAAAUACUUGAAUAUGAAUGUUAUUGUAAAGACCUGAGAUGCUAAUCUAAGGUUAAAAUCCUAACCAUUACAAGGAAAAAUAAUACAAAGGGUAAGAUUAUUUGAAACAUAAAUGUAUUCAUGUUAAUUCCUUAUUAUUUUAAUAUUUGCAUUUGAUUAUGGAAAUAAUGCACAACCUACAAUGGAGAAAAUGGUGCUGAAAUGAAAUGCUUAUUAAAAAUUAUACUUUGUAUGUG